AUGGGUGUUGGUGCUGCUGCUUUGCUGCUAGCAGCAGGUAUUAUCGGUAGCGUGCUGCUGCUGGUGCUGCAGCUGCUGCGACGUAAUAAUAAUGCAACAGCAGAAGAAGACAAAGAAGCAGAAACACUCUUCAAUGAGGAUUCAACAGCAGCAGAUGAAGACCAGGAAGAAGAAGAUAAGUACGGUGAUGAAGACUUCGAUGAAGACAAAUUUAGUUAA